AUGAAAAGAUUCCAAGAAAACCAGUCAACUGUCCAGGUAUUCUACUUCCAAGGAUUUCUCAUCUCCAGUGAACAGCAAGUCUUUAUGUUAAUAGCCAUUAUGCUCAUCUAUAUCUUCAUUCUCUUUGGAAAUGCAUUGAUUGCAUUAUUGGUUUGCUUAAGUCCUCAGUUACAAAACCCAUUGUACAUCUUCCUUGGUAAUUUCUCUUUCACUGAAAUAUGCUACACAUCUGUUAUCAUUCCUCAGACUCUUGUUCAUAUUGUAACAGUAAGUAAAUCAAUCUCUUACACUGGCUGCCUUUUACAGCUCUAUUUUUGUAGUUCCUUUGGAUGUACCGAAAGCCUGCUUCUCUCCACCAUGGCAUAUGACCGGUACCUUGCCAUAUGUCAUCCUCUACACUAUUCUUCUCUCAUGAGAAGCUCUGUGUGCAUGAUGUUCUCCUUGCUGUGCUGGACAGCAGGGUUCCUGGGUUCUUUAUUGCCUUUGCUAAUGGUGUCCAAGUUGGUAUUCUGUGGGCCCAAUAAAAUCAACCAUUUUUUCUGUGAUUCCUUAAAGCUUUUCGCCCUGUCAUGCUCAGACAUCUAUACCAGUAAGCUAUCUCUCUUUUUAUUUGCUUCUGCUGUAGUAUUGGGCUCUUCUGUGCUUAUUCUUUCAUCCUAUGCCUUUAUCUUGGGAACUAUUUUUACAAUGUCUUCUACUGUGGCUAAACAAAAGGCUUUUUCCACUUGUGCAUCUCAUCUAAUGGUUGUGUCACUAUUCUAUGGCACACUCAUUUUUAUGUAUAUUGCCUCACCAGCUAUGGAGAACAAUGAGGUAAAUAAAGGUAUAGCCCUUAUCUAUACUGUUGUUACACCCAUGCUAAAUCCUAUCAUCUAUAGUCUAAGAAAUAGUGAUAUUCACAGAGUUCUGUAUUUGCAAAUGGUGAAAGUACAAAUGUUCUUAUAUGGUAAAUUUAAUGGUCCUAUUCAUCUACUGAUGUUUGCUGAUAAAUAA